AUAAUUUUUGGUAUAGUAGUUGUGACUUAUUCACACUAUAUACAUUUGGCUUCCGCAACAGUUUCAGGGUUCCAAAUCGAACAGAACAAAUGCAAAAUUCUUAGAUUUCACCGGAAAAGUUCGUAAUUGGGUUUUUUGAAAAUCUGAAAAUUAGGGUUCGAAGUUGGCUGGGUGUUCGAGUUUUUGGUUGUAAACGGUGAUACGAGGUGAGGUCUGAAGAUUUGAGCUUUGAUUUGAAUUGCUUUUCUAGGGUUUUGGGUUCGAAACUUGAACUGAUUGUUCGACGAAAAAGACGAACUUAGGUCUUUUGAUUUUGGGGUUGUUUGUUUGAAUUGAUCACUGGGGCUUGGUAUUGAUAUUGUUUAGAGUUUUCAUUUCAAGUUUUAAAUCAUUUGGUGAAAGAUUGGUUCAUUUUGGGUCUGCUGAAGCACAAUGACAUUCUUGGCUUUCACCGGAAAAGUUCAAGCUAUUUCCAUUCAUUUUGCUUCUUCUUCUUCACUUUAUCCUUUUUGUUUUCUUCCAAUCACAAAUACUCACCUUUUUGUUUUCGGCUGAAUUUGAAUCUGGUAUGGGAUUCGAAAGAAGAAGAGGAAAAUGAGUCGGAGAAGAUGACAGAAGGUGGAGGAGACAAUGGUGGAAAUGGUGGUGGACAUAAAGAAGAAGAAGGAAAUUAAAAAAACAAAAAAAAAAUCUGUUUGGGCUUUUCACGCGCCCAUAUUGGGUGAAACUCACUCUAUGUGCCAACUCAGCAAGUGUUUAAUUGGAACAAAGUUCAUGUAACGUAUGUGCUCAAUAGGAACUCUCUUAAGUUCAGGUGUCUAAAUGAAAGAUCGUGCCAACUUUAAGUGUCUCCGUAUGUAUUCAGCCUAUAUAUAUAUGUCUUGUUGCUAGCUGGUAUAAUCCCAUCUUCCUCUUCCAAGUUUAAAAUAUCACAGUUGAAAUCUGUAGCUUUGAGGCUGAGAUAUUUGAAACAAACAAUGAAUGCAACUAAAAUCACCGAGUUGGUCUUCAUUCCAUCUCCUGGAAUGGGUCACCUAGUACCCGCGGUGGAGAUGUCAAAGCUUCUUAUAGCUAGAGAGGAACAUCUCUCCAUCAAUGUCCUUAUCAUGAAUAUGAACCUCGACCCCAACCUCAAUCCUUACAUCCAAUCACUUUCCUCAAAUACUAAUUUCAGCUCAUCAAGAUUGAAAUUCAUACAACUCCCACGAGACGAAUCCGCUUUGCAACUCCUCAACAACAGCACAUUCUUUUCUGGCGUUAUUGAUAGCCAUAAGCCUCAGGUCAGACAAGUUGCAGCUCAAAUUCUACAAUCUGAAACAGCCACACUAUCUGGUCUUGUGAUAGACAUGAUGUGUACCACAAUGAUAGACGUAGCAAAUGAAUGCGGGCUCCCAACUUAUGUUUUCUACACGACUAGUGCAGCCAUGCUUGGGCUUCACCUUCAUAUGCAGAGUCUACAAGAUGAUUUUAACAUAGACAUUACAAAUUACAACAAUGAUCCUGAAUCAGAACUCUCUGUUCCUACGUAUUUCAAUCCUUUUGCGACUAAAUGUUUGCCGUCUAUAUUCCUGGACAAGGAUGGUGGUUCCACUAUGUUCCUUGAUAUUGCCAAAAGAUACCAAGAAACAAAAGGUAUCUUGGUAAACACCUUCCUAGAGUUUGAAGCUCAUGCUUUGAAAUCACUUUCUUUGGACGGGAAAAUUCCACCUGUCUAUCCAGUAGGACCAUUGCUGAACCUCAAUAGUGGUGUCGGUGAUAACGAAGAUUUAUCUGACCAUGAAAUUAUCAAAUGGUUAGAUGAGCAAACUCCAUCCUCUGUAGUGUUCCUCUGUUUUGGAACAUCAGGAAGUUUUAACGAGGAGCAAGUUAAGGAAAUUGCAAAUGCUUUAGAGGAGAGAGGGUGUCGGUUCUUGUGGUCGCUAAGGAAACCACCACCAAAAGAUUCAUGGUAUCCAAGUGACUACAAAAACCUAGAAGAUGUCUUGCCUGAAGGAUUCUUGCAAAGGACGAAAGGGAUUGGAAUGGUGAUAGGAUGGGCACCCCAAGGGGUAAUUUUGUCACAUGGAGCGGUGGGUGGAUUUGUGUCGCAUUGUGGAUGGAAUUCGAUUUUGGAGAGUAUUUGGUUUGGAGUGCCAAUAGCAACUUGGCCAAUGUAUUCGGAGCAACAAGCGAAUGCGUUUCAAUUGGUGAAGGAUUUGGGUAUGGCAAUGGAUAUUAAGAUGGAUUAUAACAUUAGCGGGAACAAAACGGAUAUCAUUAAAGCGGAGAAGAUAAAGAGUGCAAUAAGGCAGCUGAUGGAGCCUGAAAAUGAAAUAAGGAUGAAGGUAAAAGACAUGAAGGAGAAGAGCAGAUUGGCGCUGAAGGAAGGUGGUUCUUCCUACACCUCUGUUGGACGUUUUAUCGAGCAGGUUAUGGGCAAUAACUGAAUAAUGGUCAAUCACCACAUCUCUGUUAAAUUGCCGCCCAGUGUGGCCAACGGCAGCAAUACUAGUUCCUUUUCUAACAAGUUGAUCGUUUCGAUCCUAAGAGCAGUGUAUUUUCACAACAAAAUUGCUCCUUUUGUUUUAUUUAUUUGCAUUAAUCUCAUAUAAUCGGAAAACAAAUUUUGAUCAGCUAUAUAGCAUAAAAAAGAUACUGUUAGCAUUUAUUGUUGACACCAUCCGAUACCUAAUCAAAAUGUAGAAGACAAUUAUAAUAAGUAAACAAUCCUAUAUCCGAUAACGGUAGCAAUUUGAAAGAGACUCUAUUAUUGAUGCUAAUUAUUAAUGAGUUUUGUCCAUCACCUGCUCGAUAAAACGUCCAAGAGAGGCAUCGGAAGAGCCAAUUUCCAUUAUAGAAAACCUGCUCUUCUCCUUCACGUCUUCCAUUUUCGUUCUUAUUUCACUGUCAGGCUCCAUCAGCUGCCUUACUGCUUUUAUAGUGAGAGGACACUGCCAUGAAAUGGAAAACUUGAAACUGAGGCGUUUCUCGUGUCUGUUCCUCACGCCUUAACUCCUUAACCUUAAACAUCAAGGUAAGUGUAUUGGCAUAAACAUUUGUCAUAAAGAAAGAUAUUUGUAGUAUAUGUUCUUUAAGCUGCAGUCUAUGCAUCUGUAUAUGGCAUUCCUCAAGAAAAGGAAAAGAAAAGACAUUGUUUCUUAACUGAGAAAAUUUGAAAACUACAGUCUAGAAACUAAUUCCUUGCACCUGCAUCAUCUAAUCAUUUUAAGGAUGUGAAUCAAUAUUUGAGGUGCAGUCCAGUGUCAUGGUUCUCUUAUGGAGUUUAUGUAGCUUGGACAACACUAGUAGAAACCAUGCUAUCGUGUAGAAACCGUACGUGCAUCUCUACUUUACUACAACAGCAGUUGAACAAUAAUUUGAUAUGCAAAGAAUAAAGAACUUCUAAUACAUGAUUAAUCUGUGGUUAAUUCUUAUACCUUUCGACAAUUAAUUUUUGUAACGUAUCUAGUGUUGCGGAAGCCAAAUGUAUAUAGUGUGAAUAAGUCACAACUACUAUA